UUAAAAUAGUCUACUAAAAAGGGCCAAAAACACAACUAAACAAAACAGAACAAUGGCUGGACUAAGUGGUUCCUCUCUAGCUGUUUUGGAAGGAAGUCUCCAACUCAACGGCUCGACUCGCUUGACCCCAGUUGGGAAUGGCCGUGUUGCUGUGUCCCGGACUGGGCUAGUUGUUAAAGCCCAACAGGGUGAAAGCGAGACUAGCCGUAGAGCCAUGCUCGGGCUCAUUGCCACCGGUAUAGCCUCAGGUUCAUUUGUUCAAGCUGUGCUUGCUGACGCUAAACCGAUUAAGCUCGGCCCACCUCCCCCACUUUCCGGUGGACUUCCUGGUACUGAUAACUCUGACGAGGCAAGAGACCUCGAUUUGCCAUUGAAGAAUAGGUUCUUCCUCCAGCCAUUGACACCAACAGAGGCUGCAGCUCGUGCCAAAGAAUCUGCAAAAGAAAUAGUAAACGUCAAGGAGUUCAUCGACAAAAAGGCAUGGCCAUAUGUCCAGAACGAUCUUCGCUUGAAGUCUGAGUACCUUCGUUUUGACCUCAACACGAUCAUUGCCGCCAAGCCAAAAGAGGCAAAGAAGGAACUCAAAGACCUCACUGGAAAGCUAUUCCAGAACAUGGCUGAUUUGGAUCAUGCUGCAAAGAUCAAAAGCUCGGCUGACGCAGAGAAGAGUUACGCUGCAGCUGUAUCUAGUCUUAACGAUGUUCUCUCAAAGCUUGGUUAAAACAAAGUUUGUUUGUUAAUGUGAUGAAAAUAUGUUGUUAUUUUUUUCAAUUGACAAGAAACUUGUUGGAGUUAAUAUUUUGUGAAUCAAAUCGUAGUUAAUAAA